CUCUGGUCAUUCCCUGCACUGUCUGCAGUCUCUGGUCAUCCCCUGUACUGUGUCCGCAGUCUCUGGUCAUCCCCUGCACUGUGUCGGCAGUCUCUGGUCAUCCCCUGCACUGUGUCCGCAGUCUCUGGUCAUCCCCUGCACUGUGUCCGCAGUCUCUGGUCAUCCCCUGCACUGUGUCCGCAGUCUCUGGUCAUCUCCUGUACUAUGUUUGCAGUCACUCUGGUCAUCUCCUGUCAGCAGUCUCUGGCCAUCCCCCUGCACUGUGUCCCCUGCACUGUGUCGCAGUCUCUGGUCAUCCCCUGCACUGUGUCCGCAGUCCUCUGG